AUGGAGGAGUUUUGGGGUUUCUACAUGAACCAGCACACCAAGGCAGCAACAAGGCGGUGGCAUUUUACAGGCACACUGUGUAGUAUACUGUGGUUGAUAUACUCAGUGGUGUUCAACUGGUGGUGUGUGGUUUUUGUGCCUGUGUUUGGGUAUGGCUUAGCAUGGUACAGUCAUUUCUUUGUGGAGGGAAACAUGCCUGCAACUUUUGGGCACCCAUAUUGGUCUUUGGUGUGUGAUUUCAAGAUGUUUGGAUUGAUGCUCACUGGCGGGAUGGAUAGAGAGAUUAAGAGGCUUGGUAAGAGGCCUGUCUUGCAACCUUAUUGA